UUUGUGAUUAUUUUGCGAAGUGUUUCCGGCAACAUGGAAGAAGUUGUGACGGACGUCGUAGCUCCCGAAGAUUUAAAGAGAUUUGAGAAAAAAUAUAACGCUGAGCUGGUGAAAGGACCUGUAUCUAAAGAAACCAAAUUUGAAUAUGCAUGGUGCUUGAUCAGGAGUAAAUACGCUAAUGACAUCAAGAAAGGCAUUGCGCUCUUGGAGGAGCUGUUACAUAAAAGCACAAAAGAUGACCAAAGAGACUUUCUGUUUUAUUUGGCUGUUGCAAACUACAGACUCAAGGAAUAUGAAAGAGCUCUAAAGUACAUUCGCAUGCUGCUCAGAAAUGAACCAGGAAAUAAGCAGGCCAUCGAAUUGGAGAAGCUCAUCAACCAGGCACUAAAGAAAGAUGGCCUAGUUGGGAUGGCUAUUGUUGGGGGCAUUGGUUUGGGUGUGGCAGGAAUAGCAGGACUGAUUGGGAUGGCAGUGGCCAAAUCAGCAAAAUCCCAAUAAAGGAGUUGGGGGAGUAUCUUGAUUUGCCAGCUCCUCCUUUCUGAAAAAAAUGUCUGGCUUAACAACAGAGACUGGUUUACCAUUCUUUAAUUACAGGUGUUAUAUGGAAGUGGUCUGACCUAACACUAUAUUAUAAAUCUUAUGCUGUUUUUUUUUUCUCUCUUUGUCUUAUUUUAUAAUUGUACAAAUUUGUGACCUUUAACAAUGAAGCCUCAUAUUUUAUCAAUUUAUUACACAAACCAUUUUGAUUUGGGUGAAAUGUUUGCAUGUUUUAUACUUUUGCCGUCAAACAUUUAGAAAAAUAAGGGAAUCCCAAUGCAAGGUUAGCAGGUCUUAUGGAGUUAUUAGAGAGUAACACUUUAUACAGAUGUCUGAGUUUCUAAAUUGAGCAUAAUGUACAGUCUAUAUAAUACAGAUGUUUCCAUGAAGCUUCAUUUUCUUAUUCUUACAAAUCAAGUGAUCUGAAUGUCUGUUGUGAACAUGUUUGUAAUGGAGCUUUCAUCGUAACAUAGGACAAGAGCAAAAACAAAACUGCUCUGUGUAUGUGUGUAGUGUCCCUGUAAUGUUAUGUUUGCCCAGCCAAUCUAAUCUAAUUUUAACAGUCUGACUUAAAGAGUUGUAUGACUUUUCAUGGGGCUAGGUAACGAAACUUAAUACUUUUAUGGUACCAGUGGUAAAAACCUCAGCCAUGUUGUUCAAAAAGAUUGAACAAUAUCCAAAUAAAGACAGUAGGUAGAUAUUGAAUGAAGUUGAAAAACUAUUUAAUAAAAAUUAGACUGUGUUUUGUUACAAAAAUACAUAAAUUUAAUACAAAAUACAUCUUUUUGAGUGAGGGGCUAGGGGUUAGGGUAACUUUCUGCCAAGCCAAGUCAAAUGUCUGGAUAGGCCAACUUUGGCCUGUGAGGCACACUUUGGGCAGCACUGAUGUAAGUAAGUAGCUUUAUUGCAUGAGUGAGUCAGUUUAUUCCAAAAUCUGGUCUGGUGGUUGGCUGCUUAUAAUAUGACACUAUGACUGGUACCUUUAGAAUAGAUUUUUUGUAAGUUGAGUUACAAGAAAUGCUUAUAAAAAGAUUUUGAUCAAAUUAAUCUGGGCCAGAAACCUUCAGCAGGCUUCAAUAUUGCACCUUUAUUUGCAUAGUAUUUCUGGCAGGGGCAAGUGCCCAUGGACCUUUGUUUCUAUAGUAUUAUCAUUGUUUUUUAUUUUGGCUGUGAGAGGCUUUCUGCUGUAGACCAAUAAGGCACUUGAUGUUGGGAGUGGUUCAUCAGUUGGAUGGGUUCUUGCUGUUUUAAUUGGGUAAAAAUAUCUAUUGCAGUGAUGAUUAAUGUCAUAUAAAAAGCACCAGUCUUUGAAGUUGUAUCUAUGUUCACAUAAAGUUCAGACCAGGGGUGUUACAUAAUCCGUUUGCCAAACUGAAACACAUCUGAAUGAAUGAAACAAAUGUUAUUAAUGUAGUUUUGUAGAUGAUCUAUUAGCAGAUCACGAUGAGGUGAAUUUUGAGGGAAAUCAAUUCCACAGAAAAUAAUGCCAGAUACGGGUCUGGAUAACCAAUGAAGUCUUGAACUUCUGUGCCUUCAAAGUACACUGUAACCCUCUAUAUUGAAUAUAACUGGAGGAUGUGCAUCGGAAAACCAAGUUUCUGUGGCAGCUGCUUUAUGAAAGAGAGUGGGUGAAAGAGAACAAAUUUCUCCAAUUUCUUUAUGGAGAUCUGGGGUUGCACAUAAACACACUAGGCAUUCUGGUAAGAUUAAACUCACAUUUUAAAUAUGUGUUAACAUGCUGCUUGGUUUGAAGAACACUGGUACUCACUGCCUUUAGUUUGGUGUGUGGUUUGAUUGACACAGAUUGACACUCUUCCAUACAAAAUCUGUUUUCCUUUGAAAGUUUACACCCCCUUUGCUUCUUCUUGGCCAAAUCCUCUAAUGAACAACUCCCAAGGUUCAACAAGUGUUGCUUGAGAUCAUGAUUCAGAGGUUAUCCUCUAGUUUUCAGGUUGUAGAGGACAUUUCUCAGGUAGCAAAGGAUGUUUGAAUGUCUGAUGCCAAGUGGACCUGAUGCAGAGUUUGACAUAAUCUGUAACCAGUCACAGAAAUCAGGAUAAAUCCACUUUUCCUGAGUUAGUUCUUAUGUUUAGGAUUUGCAGUAAAGUUAACUAAGAUAGUUAUUGCUAAAAUAAACACACUCUGAAACAUUAAAAUACAAGUUGUAACAGACAGACAACUAGUGCUUCACAUAUGUGGUUGCCCUUAGAAGAGCCACCAGUGAGGUUGUAUGUGCAAAACUCAUAGACCACCCUUGUGUAGCACUGUAUGUCAUAUCAUGUUUUGUGAAAAUUGUCUUUUUUUUUUUAAUAUAGACAUAGAGAUAUAAUGUUUUUGCAUGUUGUCACAAAAGAAAUCUCACUAAUCACACUACAUCAUUUGAGCACAGAGGCCGCCUUUUAUUUGUGUGAAAAUUUCCAGUAGAAAUGCUCCAAAUUUGCUUAAAAAUCUCUACAUUAAGUUACAUUAAAUGUCAAGAAUAUUUAUGUGCUCUCCUGUAAAGUUAUUAUUUUGGAAAUAACCAAUUUAUCUUUGGGUAGCGACAAUAUAUCAUUUCAAAUAAGCUGUUGGAAUAGUAUCAGCAUCAAGGUGUUGUUGAUUUCAAUCCCUGAACAUUUUUAGUGAUACCCUCCCCUUCCUGUUCUUAAACAGUGCCAACACUUGGUUUUACAACUGGUGUCCUUGACUUCUGCUCAUGUGAUAUUUUAAAAGCAGCCAAUUUGAGGUCAGACCUUUCCUGUCUACAAAGUGAUCAUGUUUUAAGAAGCUGUGAGCCAGAUCAGUGCUCAGAUUCUGAGAUGAUGUGUGAAUCUGACAGUCUGUUUUGUUUGUUUCUUUUUACUUUUUGCUGAAAUGCUGGUUUUUGUUUAGUUUCGGUCACUCUGAGUUGAAACCCUAUUCCGGCCUUGAAAAAAAACUAAUGGCUAUUUGAAGCAAUAGACCAGCCUUCAACACACAGACAGCAGACCAGACAACAGUGAUUUGGGCAGCUGGCCUGUUUUUUCACAUCACUGGCCUUUACAUCAAAUAGAUCUAAGCUCAUUUUAAUAUGUUGAACAUUUUUACAACAGGAGAGAUUAUGGUUGCCAUUAGUAAUGCUCCUUUAUUGCUGCAGAUUGUUGUUACUAAUUAACUAUAGUAAAAGUGAAUGAUGGCUAUUUGCCUAAAACGCAAGUGUCUUUCAGUAGAUCCACCACACCAUACAUACUGAAUCUGCUUAUACAGAUUCUUUCCUGAUAUCAAGACUUUUUAGUCUUAAAAUCUGUUCAUUUUUAAGAUUGAAUUCUCCACAUGUCUGAAAAGAGCAUGUUUGGUAUCACUAAACAUACACAGAGUUCAUCCAAAUGUAGCCAGUAAACAGUGUAAGUCAACACAAAAUAUUUGCAGUUGUCUUACAUGUUAUUAAAUCUUUACUCAGAAUGUUUGUUUUAUUAGGCAGUUACCUGACUAAGUUACAUCUAACAUGUGGGGUGAUCGGGGGUGAAAUGUCCCUGUAAAAGUCAGUGUAUUUAGAUUCAUUGGAUGUCCAUAGUGUGAAAGUCAUUAUGGGUUCACAAAAAGAACCAUAAAACCAAGCUCUCAUGAACAUGCCCACCAUAAACAUGACCUUUGCAACAUAGUUCAUUACUCAUACUUGGUGUCAUCAUGCUCAUGAAUGUAAAAAAAAGCAGAAUGCCUCUGAAGAUGAUUUCCAAGGUUGACUAAGAAGCUGAGAGCAGAUUAUGCAUUCACUUGGGUGUGUAACAUUGAUUAAAUAUCAACUUUUGCAGAUUA